AUGGCCAAGAAUAAUCUCACUACAGUGGCCGAGUUCAUCCUCACAGGCUUUACUGACCACCCGAACUUGGAGACGCCCCUCUUCCUGGUCUUUCUCAGUCUCUAUCUUGUCACCCUUCUGGGGAAUCUGGGGAUGGUGGUUCUCAUCCGAGUGGAUGGGCAGCUCCACACCCCAAUGUACUUCUUCCUGAGCCACCUCUCCCUGCUAGAUGCCUGCUACAGCUCUGUCGUCACCCCCCAGAUCCUGGCCACGCUGACCACAGGCAAAAUGGUCAUCUCCUAUGGCAGCUGUGCUGCCCAGUUCUUCUUCUUCACCAUCUGUGCAGCUACAGAGUGUUUCCUGCUGGCAGUGAUGGCCUAUGACCGCUAUGUAGCUAUUAGCAACCCUCUGCUCUAUGCUAUGGCCAUGGAUCCCAGAAUCUGCUGGAGAUUGGUGCUGGGAGCCUAUGCCUGUGGGAUGUCUGGGGCCAUCCUGAGAACCACGUGCACCUUCUCCCUCUCCUUCUGUGAGGACAACAGGAUCAACUUCUUCUUCUGUGACCUCCCGCCCCUGCUGAAGCUUGCCUGCAGUGACACAAAAAUCAUUGAGAUCAUCAUUGUCUUCUUUGGCAACUUUGUGAUUUUGGCCAAUGCCUUGGUCAUCCUCAUUUCCUACCUGCUCAUCAUCAAGGCCGUUUUGAGGGUGAAGUCUUCAGGGGGCAGGGCCAAGACUUUCUCCACAUGCGCCUCCCACCUCACCGCUGUGGCCCUUUUCUUUGGGACCCUCAUCUUCAUGUAUAUACGAAGCGGCUCAGGAAAAUCCCUGGAGGAAGACAAGGUGGUGUCUGUUGUCUACACUGUGGUCAUCCCCAUGCUGAACCCUCUCAUCUACAGCCUGAGGAACAAGGAUGUGAAAGCUGCCUUCAAAAAGGUCACUGGUAGAGUCCAAGUGUCCCAUAGGGGGUAG